CUCAAAUUUUCAUCAAUGAAUUUCGCUUGGAGAAAUGUCUAAACUCCAAAUUUCCUAUGGAUUGAAAACGUGUACGGUCAACAUUAAUAUUCCAGAAGGAUAUAAUUUUUUGUUUGACAAUUAACUAACAAAGCCCAAGAUUAAAUGGCCAAUGUGUUUUGUUUUCAGUGAUAAGGUAAACAAUAUAACGUUUGGGUUUGUAAUAUUAAUUGCAAGUAUAAUUCAACCGUCCAAUUAGCAAAUUGGUGCAACUUUGCUUGGGCUCACUAUAGCCAGCUAGUUCGGUUUUGCUGAUGUAUCAAUCGUUAGUUUGACCUACAACAAAGGCUGCUUAAAUUUGUAGGCCUAGUGAUAGGACCAAUUCCAUCUAUGAAUCCUUUCUUCAAUGCCUAACAAGCCAAUCCAACCCAUCAGAUCAUGUCUCCGACAUAGUCCACUCUCACAUCAAAACCUGCUAUUAUCAUCACCUCUUCGAAGGAAUCACAUGUCUCAGCAGCCGUUAUUUGCUCCUAGAAGAUUGGCUUUCAACUCAAAAUUCAAAGUGGUGGCCAUGACUUUGAGAGCAUAUUUUAUGUAUCUGACAAACCUUUUUUCAAUCUUGACUUGUUCAACCAUUCAAUAUCUUUUAAUAUGCAUGGCAGGUCAAUCCACUUGGGUUGAGGCUGGUGCAACGCUUGGAGUCCACGGAUUUCCUAAACGGGUUUGUCCCACUGUUGGCAUUGGUAGCCACAUAAGCGGUGCUGGGUAUGGUAACAUGGUGAGAAAGUAUGGUCUCUCUAUGGAUCAUGCAGUGGAUGCCAAGAUAGUUGAUGUUAAAGAUAAGAUUCUUGACAAAAAUGGCAUGGGAGAAGAUCUCUUUUGGGCUAUUAGAAGAGGUGAAGGAGCUAGCUUUGGUGCAAUUUUAGCUUUGCAAAAUCAAGCUAGUUUAUGCUCCUGAGACUGUUAUGACUUUUGAAGUUGAAACAAGUUUGGAAUAGAACGCUAUUGAUGUUGCUUACAAGUGGCAAUCUGUUGCUCCAACAAUAGAUAACAAUUUGUUCAUGAGGAUGCAUGUGCAACCAGUUACUUUGAACAUGCAAAAGGCUAUCAGAAUUUUGAUUUAUGCAUUAUAUGUUGGGGUUCUAAUAAUCUUGUCUCUUUGUUGGCCAAGGAUUUCUCUGAAUUGGGUCUAAAAAAGAGAA